GUCUGCGAUGGUUUUGAGGGAAUUCGGGCCGCGAAUGUGACGGGGCAGGCAUUUUUGGAAGAGCUGACUCAGCAUCGCACAAUGGCGAUGUGGGCAUAAUAAAUAUGCCCCAUCAUGUGAUCAAAGCAAGACGUCAUCAGUUGCUGCCCGCCCCGUAGAUAACAUAAGGCACAUGUAGUAGUAGUUGUUGGAAUGGUUCAGUGAGUGACACAGUGCUUUGUAAUGCUUGCUUCCAUCUCUGAUCGCUGAUUAACGACGUUGUUUUGGAUCUUGUUGUAUAUUCAGUGGCUUCGGUGAACGUUUUUCCCAAGUAGACCAGACAACUACACGUUAAGAUGUUACGAAGUAAGCCGAGUACAAGCCGUUAUAUAACCAAAAAAUCCGAUACACUCUUCUGUCUAUAUCCACAUCGUAUCUGUAUGCAGAAUCGGUUAGAUGGUUUUGAAUACUGCUUGAAACAUAUACUAGAAGACAAGAACGCACCAUAUAAGCAGUGUAAUUUUGUAUCUCGUAAUAAUGCAAAACGUUGUACUAAUCCUGCUCCCAAAACAGACAAAAAGGACAAUAGAUAUUGUGCUGAACACACGCGCAAAGCAUUAAUAUGGCAACAGAAAAACAACAGGAAGAAGAAACCCAGUGAAUCAAGUGAAAGUCUUCUAGAACAGUUAGAUUAUUACAGACCCGGCACUUCAACAGUAACUCCAGAAAACCCAGUUUCACAGGCUAGUAAAUUAAUUGACUAUGCAAGUGACAGUGAUAGUGACAGAGAAAUAACAUUGGUGGAUCAGGCCUGGAGGGGAGAUGGUGACAGUGAUGCUGAUAGUGUAGAUAGCGAGUAUGAAGACCCUCUCAAGCAUGCUGGGAUUUACACAGCAGAGGAAGUAGCACUCAUAACGAGAGACAAACUGAUACGAUUACAGUCAUUGUACAUAGAUCAGUUUAAAAGACUACAGCAUGUGCUGAAAGAAAAAAGAAGAAAGUUUUUAUCAUCAAAUAAGAUGGAACAAGAAACCAUAGGAAAAGGACUAGGCAAAACAACAGAUCCCAAAGAAAAACACAAGGUUAAAAAACUACAAGCAUUGAAGAGUUAUCGCAAGAGACGAGGCAAAGAAGCUCUUCUGUACCAGCAAUCAAGAGAACGAAGAAUAACUGCCACACCAGACUAUCACAUCGCACCCCCUAAAUCGAUCAAACCACUGAAAUGUGUUCAUGUAGAAAGAGGAAUCCACUGUAAUGAUAAAGCUAUGCCUUACUCCAAAUAUUGCUUGCAACAUAUUCUUCAUGAUCCAUACCAAGUACUGUUCCAGAUGUGUACUGACAGUGAAAGUGGAUGUAAUAAACCAGUAUUUGGUCUGGAUAAAACAACGUGCAUAUUACACACAGAAUUACCAGAAUAUCAACAAAGGUUUGAACAAAGACCGGAAACUAUUGAGGAAACACAACAAAUUGAUGUUGAAAGCCAUGAACAAACACUUGCAGAGCAGACAGAAUCAUCAGAAUAUGUUCCAAAUUUAACAAAUAUAGAAGAUGGUUUAAAACAGAUUCCUGAUAUCUCUGGAGUUGUGGAGCCGCAGGUAGCUGCAAUGGAAAGUACAGCAAAUUUGCUUACUGAUAUUGGUUGCGAUAUGAAAUCAGAGCAAUCACAACUUGCUAUAAAAGAAGAGCCACCAACAGAAAAGCCAAUGGACACAACGUAACAAGACUGAAUUGGCAAUUGUUACAUUGUUACAAAAGAUGGACUUGUGAAUCUGGUUUUGAAAAGAGUUAGUGUCAAACAUAGAAACUGGAUUUCUUCAAAUAGCUGUCAAUGAUAAAUAUGAACUAUCAUCUCGUUUGUAAUAAAUAGUUGUUGACAUAUUCAUUA